AUGUCGUUUGCAGACUCUUUCUGGACCGAGGACUAUCAUCUGGGCCACAGAGUGCUCUUUGACGAGCUCUACGAAGGCGUAAAGGAAAACGAAGACUUCAUUGCGCUUUUCACCCGUCGCAUGGACCUGGAAUUCCGGUACGGCAUUGAGCUAGAAAAUACGCCGUCGUCUCUAAAACUUUUGAGCACGCGGCACACCAACGAUGACUAUGUCUCCACUGUUAAAAACGCGUUUGAUGAGCUUGGCCUGAACUUCCAGAGCGAGGGAGCACAGCACACGGCCAUUGCAGUGAACAUCCGUGAGUUGGUGCUCACCCCCUUCACAAGCUGGUGUAAGGAACAUGAACAACGCGUUGGUUUCCUGGAGCUGGUGAUCUCUGAGAAGUACAAGCAAUACAGCACGGCAAAAGCUGCGUUGGAGAAGUUGCAGAAAAAGUAUUUCAACAAAUGCAGACUCGUGGAGGACUUCAAAACUCACUACACAGAAGAAGAGCUCGACCAGUUGCUCGCAGAAAGUCUGGUAGACGAGGAUCAAUCUUCGGAAACGGGUGACGGCUCAAACGACCUGGAUCUGGAGGUGAAAUACACUUUUGGCGGCGCCCACUUCACCCAAGCCACAACAAAGCAAUUACUUGCCGAUAUUCUCACGAGCGUGGAGUUGAUCUCGCACAAAGUGGCCAUUCUUGGUACCUACCACAACGUUUCCAAAGGCAGUGCCAUAACUCAGUGGCUCCUCGACAACUUGCCUGAGCUUAGAGGGAGUGUGGCCAAGGCGGAGGAAUUCGGCCAGGACUUGAUUACUCAUGGGUUUAUCCGCAUGAUCGGAUCCAUGAGUGCAAACAAAAACUUCAUCAACUCGUCGCAGUUCUACUAUCAGUGGAGGCCCCUGGUGUUUGAGCUUACUAAGCUCUCGGAAUUUGACUUGUCUCGGUCACUGAAAAAGGACAACUAUGACCCGAUUGCUGCGCUGGGAAGCAGGACAAACCAAUUCUCCACGUAUUUGGAGGAUAUGAAGCAGGCUAUCGGCGUAGCUGCAGUCGAUUAUAACGACAAGUCGCAGUAUGCAAAGCUUGUGCAUGAGGUGAACUCUUUAGAUGCGCAGUACUUUGAAACCACAAAGCAGUUGGACACAGUGCGCUGUGAGUUCGAGGAAACUGCCAUGGACCACUUGGCGUUUAUGCAGAAGUGCGAGUUGGAUCGGUUGAAAGCCAUCAAAAAGGUCACGUUUGAUUUCAUUGCCACGUUUUCAAACAAGAUCAGCUCAAUGAAGUACUCAUGUGACAAGUUACUUCUUGUUGAAGAGACGAUUCAUCCUGUGAGCGACCUCAAGUUCCUAAUUGAAAAUUAUGCUACAGGUAAAUUCCUGCCCCAUGUGACAUUAUACGAUAACUACUACAACUCGAAUAUCAAGCAGACUUUUGGAGUUGACCUCAACGUGAAGGCGAGAUUAGACAAGAAAGCCGUGCCGCUCUUAAUCCAUGCCGUGCUCUCACACCUAGACUCAAUUUAUCCAGAACUAGAAAACGACGAGGAGAGAGUGAAUCUUUGGACCAAGCCUGUCCACUUAUCGAAAGUCCAUCAGGUAAGACAACAAUUAAAUGAACUUACCGAGAUUCUGCAAGUUUCUGAAAUUUUGAAAGCCAGUGAGCCCAUGAUAGUGACAAAUGUUCUCAAGCUUUAUUUCAUGGAGUUGCCCGAUUCAAUUGUGUCCCACACAUUCUUUGACUUGAUCAAGACGCUCUACCAAAACUAUCCUGUGGGAAGUGAGGAAUCCCAUGCAGACAAAUCCAGAGUGACUGGUUUGCAAAAUACAUUGAUUGAGUUACCGGUGUGCAAUUUGGCUACACUUGAUGCCCUAUUAACACAUUUGAAUCGUCUCGUGAAGAUCAUAAGCUCUAAGAACGAAGACUUGAGUUCUUCGUUACGCGACAGACUUUGUCGUGAAUUUGGCGCUUUUGUUUUAAGACCUAAACAAGGAUCGGCAGAGAUUGAAGGGAAAAGUGUGCAUGCAUUCAAUAUGGCCACCGAAAACCUUCAACAAAACUUCAUUGCAGACUUGUUUAUACACAAAGAUGUGAUUUUUGGGGAAUUGAGACGUCGGAACUCGCAAAAACCCCUGAGAAAUAAUUCAGUGAAAAGCGAUGGAGUUAAUUCUGCCUCUUCAAAGUUAAGGUUGAAACAAAGCUCAAAGUCAAGAUUGGAGUCCAGAAUGAAGAGCGCAGUACAGAAUGCACAUGAGAAUCCUCAAGAAAAGAGACAAGACAGUGAUGUCGAUGUGGCUGAGCCAGCUCUGCCAUCCACGCCGCCCCCACCGACACCUUCAAAAUCAGCGACAUCUGGUGGUGGUUCUGUACUCAGACGCUCUACUUCUCCAAACAAGAAGAAACUCAACACAUAUUUGGACAAGCAAACCAGUUCCAUGCGCUCGUCUGAGUCGGCCAAAAGAAAUUCAAUGUACAGCUCUGCCAAUUCUUCUCAAACAGAUCACUCUCGUGAUGGAAAUGAAGCUCAAAAGAAUAGUAGAAGCAAAGAAAACAUAUCUGGAACUGAAAAGUCUUUAUCAAAGCAAAAAGAGCGGAACGAAGCAGACACAGACCAGGUGAUAGUUGUGGAUUAG